AUGCCUGGAAGCAAGCUUCUGGUAUACCUCUUGAGGCGUGACCUAAGAGUUGCUGAUAAUCCCAUUCUUCACCAUCUGGCCACUGGAAGUGACCAUGGCUUCACACACAUGUUGCCAAUAUAUGUAUUCCCGGCCCACCAAAUCGAGAUAUCGGGCUUCUUGAAGGAUGGGGAGACGUCGCCGUAUCCUCCGGCUAGGAGCCAAGUUGGCAAAUUCUGGCGCUGCGGCCCUCAUCGUGCCAAGUUCAUCAGCGAAGCUGUAUGGAACCUGAAGGACAGCUUGGAAGAAUUGGGAAGCGGCUUGGUCAUCCGUGUGGGAAAGUCCAGAGAAGUUUUGGACAAUUUGGUGAAGGAGUUGAAAUCCACCGCCACCGCCGUCAACAGCAUUUGGAUGACUGAAGAGUUAUCGUGGGAAGAAGUCGAGGAACAAAAGGAACUUGCAUCGCUAUGCUGCGAACGAGAUAUUGACUUCAAGAUAUGGAAGGACGAGAAAUACUUUGUUGACGAUCGCGACACAGGCCUCGCGGGCCCUGAAGACUUGCCCGACGUCUUCACGACGUAUAGGAAAUCGCAGGAGCCAUUGAGAGGAAAACCACGAAGGGUUUUGCCACGGCCUGGCAAGUCGUCACUUCCGACAUUCCCGUCGGAAUCUUCAAUACCACCGCAACUGCACCCUUUCACUACAGUCUCAUCUCUGGACCAUCUGAGAGCCAUGUUGUUGAAGCCGCUAGACAUCUCUCUUCAGCACCCACCGUCACUUCCUGAGCGCGGGGAAGCCGGCCACUCUUUGCAAGGGGGGGAGACGGCAGCCUGGGAGCGACUCGUUCACUUGGCAAAAUCCGGCGCCCUGACCUCGUACAAGGAGACUCGCAAUGGGCUUGUCGGCAAUGAUUACAGCACAAAGUUGUCAGGCUACCUAGCGUUGGGCUGUCUCACAGCUAGGCAGGUACAUGAAGAGCUCGUCAAGCUGGAAGACGGAAUCAAGCCGGAGUUUCAGGAAGCAGCUGGGUACGGCGAGGGGGAAAAUGAGGGCACCAAAGGAAUAAGAUUCGAGCUCUUGUGGCGUGACUACAUGAGGUUGUGCACAGCCAAGUUUGGACGCAAUCUUUUCCGACUGUCGGGAUUUCGACAGGGCAAGUCGUACGAGAAGAAGUGGGCCUCGCCAAGCGACACUGCGGCCUCUCCGGACCAAGAGCCGUGCCCCAGGCAAGUAGCGAGGCUUCUCGAGCGAUUCAAGGAUGGAACUACCGGGAUGGGCAUCAUAGACGCGUCUCAGCGCGAACUGUUCCUCACGGGACACACGUCCAACAGAGCCCGACAGAAUGUUGCCAGCUUCCUGUCCAAACACCUUGGGAUUGACUGGCGAUACGGUGCCGAAUGGUAUGAGAUGCUGCUCACAGACUACGACGUGUCUUCCAACUGGGCCAACUGGCAGUACGUGGCAGGGGUCGGCAACGACCCGCGCGGAGACGCCCGCACGUUCAACCCGGUGAAGCAAUCGUUCAGUUACGACAAGGAAGGGACGUACGUCCGAAUGUGGGUGAAAGAGUUGCGUCGGGUCGAGAAGCUCGAGAAUGUUUUCCAAGUUUGGACCACCGACGAGGCUGACUUGGAAAAGUAUGGUCUGUCUCACAAUAUCAUGGCAACUGAUCCGGUCAAGAAGAUUGAGUUCAACGUGGACCACAAGCCAAGGGCAGCACGCCGGCCAUUCAACAGAAGACGUGGCCAGCAUCGAGAGGGAGAUUGGGGGGUGGCAGCCAACGGCAGCCCCGGCCAGGCGCGACAGGGCAACAGAUCGGGGACCUCUAGCGACGGAGCCGCAAGUGAGAACGGAGGAGCAGCGGCUUGUGACACACGGGCGACGGGGCCGGCGCGUCCCCAACACACCAACGGAUCAGCCCGGAGAGCCAACUACACGACCAGCCAGGAUGCGCGCGCCGACGGGAACGGACACAACGGUAGAGGCUGGCAUCAGUCCCAGAGCGGACAAAGUAGGGGCCACGGGCCAACCCGUGGCUAUUCGCGUUCGUACGGAGCAAGGGGGAGCUGCUCCGUGGGAAGACAGCAAGGCGGCAGCGGCAGCGGCAGCGGCAGCAGCUAUGCAGCCGUGCCGCGCGUGGCCCUGGGGCCCUUUGCCGGUGGUGUCGCUGGGACGCAUUAG